AUGCCAGAAAGGAAGGCAAGUGGAGGUAGAUGUGAAGGCGCUUCACCGAGCUCUGUGAAUGAUAACGACUAUUUUUACGGUGCGAAAUCAAAUGAACACAUGCAUUCCACCGAGGCUUUUGGCGCAUUGAUUGUUCUGUUACACACUGUAUUGGGGACUCCUAACCAAGGAAUCUCGGCACCCGAGCACAAAUCUGAAGAAUGGAUUCCGUCUGAUAUUUCUAUCGCUUAUCUAAAUUGGAUCAAGGAGCGAGGGGCAACUGUUUCGACUACGUUGCCAUCGAACAUCAAAAUCACUUCCAUUGAGCCGCAAGAAAAUGGAAUUUUUUAUCAGAUUUCGAAUGCGUCAGAUCUCCUUCUUCGAUAUCGGGAAACAGAACGGGAGCAGCAUGGAAAGGUUAUCGAAUCUCUAUUUAACACACCAGGAUUUGAAACAACUACGAGCAUUCCAGAAAUCUAUAUUCUUUCCAGUGUUCCUCAAACGAAUAAAAAUGGGUCUUCAAAAGAGCCGCCAUAUGGGAAGGUUUCAGUUGGUGUAAUCGUAGUCCUGACAAUCGUGGCGUCAAGCAUAACCAUCGGGGGAAAUAUUCUGGUGCUAGCCGCGUUCUAUGUUGAAAGGACAUUAAGAAUGCCGACAAAUUACUUCAUAGCUUCCUUGGCUGUCACGGAUGUUUUGAUUGGAAUAUUCUCAAUGAAUCUAUACAGCCUUUACCUACUUUUGGGAUACUGGCCUUUGGGCCGUUUGCUGUGUGACCUCUGGCUGGGGCUCGAUUAUACUCUUUGCCUAACCAGUCAGUACACCGUCUUAUUUAUCACUCUGGAUAGGUUCUUUUCUGUCAAAAUACCCGCCAAAUAUCGUAAUUGGCGAAGUGGGAACAAAGUUCUGGCCAUGAUUGCAAUUACCUGGAUACUUCCUUCAACAAUAUUUUUUACAACUAUUCUUGGAUGGCCUUAUUUUAGCAAGCACAACCAUGUUAGGAAGAGUGGAACCUGUUAUGCAGAAUUCUCAAGCAAUCCAAUGUUCAACACAAUUUUAACAAUCGCCUACUUUUGGAUAACACUCUCGGUCAUGACUGGCCUCUACAUCGGAAUAUAUAUGGUUGCAUUGCGCCUGCAAAAGAAGUCGGAAAAGAAAAUGGCAAAAGUUAAAAACUUGUUAACCAUGCCAAGCCAAAAUAUUUCUUGCAAAAGUGGUGGAUCAACGGUCAAUGAGACUGAAAUGGAGUUUGGGGAAUCAUACCACUUGGCAAGCAGUAAUGAGACUGGUGCUCGAGUCACUUCGGGCGAGUUUGACUCCGGAACAAAUGCCCAAAAUCAUUCAACGCAACUAGUACAUACAUCGACUACUUUUAAGGUAGACACCACAAAAGAGGAUGCGAUGCCCUACUGUGGCCCUGUUACUCCACACCACAAUCCACCAGCAAUGGAUAACCCAAGCCUACCCCCAAAUGCGGGAAUAAAUUCUGUUUAUGCGAACAACUGCUUUUUUGAUCCAUCAUCUUAUCCUGUUGGCAGUUAUUCGCCGAAGGCAUCUCCAACUUCCAUAGCAGAAACUGUAUUUGUCGAUAUUCGAUCGCCACAUUUGAGUGAUCCAGAAAUUAGCGACACAACAAAAAUUCUUGAGAAAAAUUAUUACAGUUUCCCAUCGUCACCUGCAGUUCAUGUCUUCUCCGAUCUGGAGACAUCCUGCAGUAGUAGAAGUGAUGGAAGCAGCUUGAAGCUCAGUUUUGCGUAUUCACAGGAGUUCGCUCAUAACUCUUUCAAUGGCAGUUCCUGUGGUCCUCCCUCAGUAUUUAAAAAGGAUCAAGACUACAACAAGACGUUAGAUGACUUUAAAUGUGCUACGCCGAAUUAUGAAUGUCGAUCCAUUCAAGAUAAUAAGCGCAAUUCCAAUUCAGAUCAGAAUGUCAAGGCUGAUAGACAGCAGGAUGAUGGAAAUGUAUCUCAACUGUGUCCGCUUAUCGAUAUGCUUCCCUCGCCCAUUAAUAUGACAACACGAAGAGUUUCCAAAGCAACGGCAGUGCGAGUGGCUCAAAUAUGGCAAGAUAGGCUUAUGAUGCAGACUGAAAAUCAAGUCCAAAUGGAAAAAGACCACAAACUCAGUCAUGAAAUUAAACGCCGAAGAGCCUCAGAUAAUAGUCGAAACUCGGGAAAUGACACUACAGACAGCCGUACAAUAGGCAUGUCCAAAAAGCCUCUACGGGUUGGAAAGAAAAACGUUCUUAAUAGUUAUUUCCAGCGUGUUCAUGAUACAAAUGUAAGCGUCACUAGGCAAGCCCCAUUGGAGCGCGGACGAACGGCGAAUAGAGCAAGAAAAGCGCUCAAGACCAUCUCUUUGAUCCUUGGGGCUUUCGUACUUUGCUGGACGCCCUACCAUAUUGUUAUUCUAAUCAAGGGUUUUUGUGAUGACCCUCAAACCACUUACACCUGCGUUAACCAUCAUCUCUAUAGUGUUACCUACUGGAUGUGUUACAUGAACUCUCCCAUUAAUCCCUUCUGCUAUGCUUUAGCCAAUGCUCAGUUUAAACAAGCUUUCCUUAGGAUUUUGCGAAUGGAUCUCAAUCGGCGUGCACGAGAUGGUGAUAAACAGCUUUUGAGAGAGGCCGUCACUCGUCUUUACAUGAACGCAUCAGCACCAAAAGAUCCAUUCGGGAAGUGCAUUGAGAUGUUUGUUUCUGCUUUGGACUAG